CACAUAUUAAGGUCAGACCGACCUAGAGAUCGCAUCACCAUCAUCUAAAAUUGAGGCAAAUUAUCUUAUACCAAGUCCACCACGGUUGCUAAGUAGGAUGGAUUUUGCAAAGGAUGAGAACUUUGGCAAUCUCAAUCAAAAGUCAACCCUUUGACUUCCCUGCAGCAUGUGACAUGGUUACACAGCUUCAUGGAAGGUCGGAGAUUCAACCAUUGGGAAGACGACGAGGUAGGCUCAUCAAGUUAGUUCGAAGAUAAGAAGCGUGAAUGGAGAGAGAUUUGGAGUAGGCAGGUAGAUUGAGGUAUUAGCUUGGUUGGAUUUGGUGCUCUUGUCCUUCUUGGAUGGCCAUGUUUGUGCCUGCAAGCACGAAGAGGAAAGACUUGGAGGUCGUCAACGACCGCCAACCCGAUUUGUCGCUCUUUUCUGAGACGAAAAGGAUCAAAAUAAGUCUGGACGGCAAGCCGCCGCUAAUCCUCGAAGAAGAAGUGGCGAUGAGUUCUCCGGCGUUCGAGGCGCAGCUCCAGGUGGAUGGACUGCCACAGGAGAAUCGAAACCUGAUGAUGACAUUACCGGUGGAUGAAAUGGCAAUUGAUGGUGAGGUAGCCACUGCUACGAUUGCUUCCUCCCUUGACCCCAUAGAGAACCAUGAAAGAGAAGAGACUGGAGCUGAGGAACCGAUGGAAGUCGAAGAACAAGAGGGACUGCUUCAGCGACCGGGAAGAACAGAUCCCGUCAUAUGGUCAGGAUUCUUUUGAGGAAGGACCAGUUUACCCGGCUGAUGCUAAGUUGCACUGUAUGGGGAGCGACUAGGAGGCUGUACAGCUAGUAGAAACGGUCUCGUCUCGUUAACUCUAUUUGUCAUGAUAUACUCAGUGUGAUUUUGGUGACUUGUCAAUGAAUGGACGAGCUCGUUUAAAGCUAAAGCUGCAUACAAAGUUGCAGACGAAUAGAUCAUACGUAGUUAAGUUGGAUCACUAAUAGACAGGCACAGCAGUAUAACCUCAUUACCGUAGCCAAACUGCCUGUGGACUACUACAGAUGCAACAAGAACAACAAUUCAAUCAUGCAAACAAGGCAUAGGACUACUACCCAUUGGAUCGAUACCAAUUAAACGAGCAGGGAUCAAAAAAUGUAAAAUCUUGAGACUUCCAAGUGUCAUGAUAGCAGAAUUUAAGUUUAAAACGGAAUUAAGCUUAAAAUGUUGUCCGGCAUUGCCCCGAUGACUGAUAAUUGUAACCUUGAUUCCUUGCACUAACAAAUCUCACAACAUGAGGGGAAAAAAAAUUUACGAUGACACGACACGAAACGGAAAAGUUUGAUUUGCCUCCCAGCAAUGAGCCACCCCACUGGCGUUCCUUCUUGCAUGGGGUAAGUCCAGUCAUCAUCCAGAAUACUCGAAAGGUUGUGGCGGCUGAGGCUCCU